AUGCCCUCCGCCUUCGACAACGCCACCACCUCGCCAGUGGGCAUCAUCCUGGUGCUCGUCUGCUGGGCCUUGCUCAGGGACCUUCUCUUCCACGCUGUCGCCCGCCGGACAUUCCUCCCAGUAGUCAACAAGAACUGGGGCGUUAACACCGCUUGCACCUCCACCUCCAAUAAAAUCCGCCGCAACGCCAUGGCUACGGUCGCUGCUGCCUUCGCCGCCGCUGAGCGGGACCGCUACCGCGAGCGCGUCCGAUUAUAA